AUUUGUUCAACGCAGAUGCAACUUUUUUACCAGUCUCUCUCAACGCUGUGUGGUUUUUACUUUUAGCGAAGUGGUUGAUUUACGCAAAGUUAAAAUCUCAAUGACGCGCUUUACGUUAGUACAGGGUGACCAUAAUUGAAUUUGAAUCGUUUUUUUCCUGUUUUGUUUUAGCCGUCAGAGGACCUUUUAAGAUAUUUUUUUUUAAUGAAAUUUAUGUUUUCGUCGAACUAAAUUAUUUUUGUGAAAAGGCUAAAUAACACUAGCUAAAAUUUUUUUUCACCAAAAGUGUCCAUUCUGUAGCACGUUCCGAGAUCUCGUAAAAGUUUUUAUGUUGUUAAACAUUGCUUAUUCUUGUCUUCUAGAUUCUAUACACCUGUAUUGAGAAUGACUUUGAUUAGAUUUGCACCGCUAUCCAUGCCUUUCCCACGAAGAUUACAAACAUUGGCUGUUUUAACUGUCAGCAUUUUGGGGGGUCUCGGUCCAUUACUUGGUACAGCGACUUUUUUGGUGAUGCUGUUUACACCGCUAUCAAUUAUUUCUAUACUCUACGUUGGAGUGUUGUUUUUGUGGGAUUUCGAUAAACCCUCCAGAGGGGGUCGAUGUUUUACUUUAAUGAGACGGCUACCAAUUUGGAAAUAUUUUUGCGACUAUUUUCCGAUCACGCUUAUAAAAACACAGGAUUUAAAAACAAAUGAAAAUUACAUUUUUGGCUACCACCCACAUGGCGUUAUAAGCAGUGGGGCGCUUGGUAGUUUCGCCACUGAAGGGGCGCAUUUUUCCAAAUUAUUUCCAGGCAUUACUCCACAUCUGCUGACAUUAAAAUUUAACUUUCGAUGGCCGUUUCAUCGCGACUACUUGAUGUCGUUGGGAUUGUGUGAUGUAUCAAAGGAAAGCAUCACAUAUAUAUGCACAAAGAAAGGUGCAGGGAACGCAGCUGUCGUGGUGAUUGGGGGUGCAGCCGAGUCGCUGGAAGCCUACCCAGGGGCUGCUACGUUGACGUUGAAAAAUCGGAAGGGUUUUGUUAAAAUGGCGCUGAAGACAGGAGCUCAUCUCGUCCCUGUAUACGCGUUUGGGGAGAACGAUUUGUUGAACCAAGCCAAAUACCCGAUGCUUCGCAAAUUUCAAGAGAUGUUUCGCAAAUGGAGCGGGAUUGCACCUGUUAUGUUUUACGGGAGAGGAAUAUUUCAAUAUAGCUUCGGUUUGAUGCCUUUCCGCGUUCCGGUUUCUAUCGUGGUGGGCGCUCCGAUCAAAGUGAAAAAAUCAACGAAUCCGUCUCAAGAAGAAAUCGAUUCUCUACAUGCGGAAUACAUCGAUGAACUGACGAAUUUAUACAACGAAAAUAAAAAAAUAUACUCUCAAAAUCCAGAGGUGGAAUUAAAAAUUAUUUAAAAAAAGAGAUUGGCUGUUUCCAUGCUUAUAUUAGUUACUAUGGAGAUCGUGGAUAAAUUGGUGUAAAUGUAUUGAAUUCAAGAGGAGUAUGAGGAUAACUGAUUAGCUGAUAAAAGUUGGACUAAACUGAUCUACAAGUUGUUAGAACCUGGGUAUUUAUUUUAAAUUUGUUAUGAAUAAUAAAAAUUCUAAAAAAAGGUGCUGAGCCUAUAUAUAGUUCUCAUAUGAUAUCCUUUUUAUUUGAUAUUAUUAUAUAUUUUUAUAUAUAUUUGUUGAUUUUAAUGAUUUAUUUUUUGUAAUUAUUUUUAUUAUGUAGAUAAUUUUCAACGUAAAUAGCUUGUGAAUAGAAAUACAUUUUAUGUUCAUGAUUAUAUCAAACGAACUUUCAAGUGUAGAUGAGUUGAGAGGCUGUACCUUGUUUCUUAACUUUAGUUUCACGCGGUGAUAAGCGACAGCAUGCCUGGGAAAUUACAUUUCGCGAGAAAUAAUUUUCGCGAAUAAGGAUAUUUUUUUCUCCAACACAUAUUCCACCUUGUUCGUUGUUCCGUGUUCAAAACUCGCGUUUUGUGUCGCGAAACAGUAUUCAAGCUAUGCACCAAGCCGCAACGCUUCGCAUUCGACGCGUUUUUUGUACAUUUCCUGUACUUGCGGAAUGUUUCUUUUAUUUUUACCUUAAUAACAUGCUUGCUAUCAGUCAUGCCGUUGUUACGAAGUUGUCAUGGUUAUCCCUUGUAUUAUUUUUUUUAGACAAGUUUUAGCAAUGACGGUGUGCUUAGUGGUAGUGCUAAUGUAAUGGUGGCCAUUUUGAAAAGUUGUAGGUCGUUUCUUGACCUUUUUUCUUUCUAAAUGCUGUGCAUUGUGCUCUUUAUAUGUUUUGCAUGUUAGGGUGAAAAAGUUGUCACGCUUUAGCCAUGUAUAAAUCUUAAACAAGAAGCCCGAUGGCUUGAAGAUUUUCGCCAUUAGCAUAGAUAAUAAGUAUAUAGUCCCAGACUAUCCUCAGAGAACAAAAACGCCAUGCAUGUUGUUUGCAACCAAAGUUUAACAAGUUUAAAACAAAGAGAAAACAAUAAAAUCAACCCAGCGUAAAUAUCUUUCGUUCUGAGGACGAAAUUGAUAUGAAUUAGCCCUUCUAAAAGAUUUCGGAAAAACAUCAUGUUAGAGAAGUCUAAGCCUGACUGCGUCAUUAUCACUGGAAUAUACAUUUUUGACGAGUGUAUCGACUUCAAAGGUGUUGAGGACAUUCUCAUGGACAUAAAUGUGGUCAAUGAGUGAACCGGAUAUAUGAGUUGGAGAGGUUAUAACUUGUUUAUAUUCAUUGAGAAAAUCAAGGAAAUAGUUUUUGUCACUAAAUGCAUUUACAUUAAAAUCUCCGAGUAUAACAUCAACGAUUUCGUUUCCCAAAAAAUGUUGAAUAAGGUAUAACGACUCAUCUCGAUUAAGAGAUUUUUUACGAUACAAAAGUAGAAAACUAACAAACUAACAACGUUUUCUUCGUCAUUUUAAAAAAUAUUGCACCUGGAAUUUUUACAAUAUUAAACAAUUCUCCUAUGACGCUUCGUUAUUUUAUUAAGAUGUCACUUAAAGAUCGUUCCCUUCAGUUAAAAUUUUAUUUGUUUCAAUGUUCAUAAUUUUGUAUUUAUUGAUGUAAAGUUCUUUGUUCUUUCUAUUUCUACCUCUACCUCCAUGUUCUACCAAAAAAGUUCCAUAAUUUCUCAAUUUUGUAUGUUAUGCACAUUUCUGAUGACGGUAUUAAUAUAUUCAUCUCAAUUUUUUAAAUAUAGCUAAACGUUUUUU